AUCAAUUAAAGAAAGACGUGAAAAUAAUGGUGUAAGCUCAAUAAGCGACUACAAUGUUAAAAUAUCAAAGUGAAUUGUGAUUGGUAAAAUCAAGAAGAGUGUAACUAGUGAACAGGGGUGUACUUGAGAGCAGGAGAAUGGGGUGUGCAGUGAGCAGCAUGGAGAAGGAAGCAGCAGAGCGGUCAAGGAAGAUUGACCGUGAGCUGGCUAUAGAUGGUGAGAAAGCAAGCCGUGAGGUUAAACUCCUGCUCCUGGGAGCUGGAGAGAGUGGAAAAUCAACAAUAGUUAAACAGAUGAAAAUUAUCCAUGAUAUCGGAUAUAGUGGAGAGGAAUGUCUGCAGUAUCAACCUGUCGUUUACAGUAACACAAUACAGAGCCUCAUGGCAAUCAUUAGAGCAAUGGGUCAGCUAAGAAUAGACUUCAGAGAUCAAUCAAGAGUGGAUGACGCGCGUCAGUUCUUCUCUAUGGCGUCAGCUCCAGGUGAGGACGGAAAGCUGUCCUUCGAGUUGGGGAUGAUCAUGAAGAGAUUGUGGGCAGAUAAAGGAGUUCAAGCAUGCUUCCUCAGAUCUAGAGAAUAUCAGCUGAACGACAGCGCCGCGUACUAUUUGAACUCUUUAGAUAGAAUAUCCUCACCCAACUACAAACCUACACAACAGGAUGUACUAAGAACAAGAGUGAAAACUACGGGAAUUAUUGAGACUCAAUUCAAGUUCAAGAACCUACAUUUCAAAAUGUUUGAUGUCGGUGGUCAGAGAUCGGAGAGAAAGAAAUGGAUUCAUUGUUUCGAGGGAGUGACAGCAAUUAUUUUUUGCGUAGCUCUCUCAGGAUACGAUCUUGUACUGGCAGAAGAUGAAGAGAUGAACAGGAUGAUGGAGAGCAUGAAGCUGUUUGACAGUAUCUGCAACAACAAGUGGUUCGUGGACACCUCCAUCAUUCUCUUCCUCAAUAAGAAGGACCUGUUCGAAGAGAAGAUUCGACAUUCUGCUCUCAACAUUUGCUUCCCAGAGUACAAUGGAUCUAACACCUACGAGGAUGCGGCAGCUUUUAUCCAGCUCAAGUUUGAAUCCCUCAACAGAUGCCGAGAUCAGAAAGGGAAUUUAAAGGAGAUAUAUACCCACUUCACCUGUGCUACUGAUACCACAAAUAUUCAGUUUGUGUUCGAUGCUGUUACCGAUGUUAUCAUCAAGAAUAACUUGAAGGAUUGUGGAUUAUUCUAAUCUUCUCGAGUUCAGAAGUUCAAUCCUGAGAUUCAAAAGGAAUCUCUAAAUCAGGGGUUUUCCACCCCAAAGACAAUUAUUAAUGCGGUGGAAGCCCUGACUUGUGUGCAGUGUACACUUGAGAACCGUACCGUGUGCGUACAGAACUAUUGUGUGUACAUUAUACCGAAUACAAACCAAACCUUUUCUUACAAAGUAAAUGUUUACGAUCUCUCCCAUUGAAACAGAAAAUGAGUUUCCGUUUUUUUUUACCAAUCUUUUGUCACAAAUCCGCCAUGUUUGUAAAUAGAAUUGACAGUGCUUUUAUUGAUCAGCUGAUAUUUAAAUUUUGGCGGGAGAAUAAUAUAAUUAGGUAAUGGUGCCCAGACCUAUGCUCAGUGUUAGAAACAGUAAACAGAACCUCAUUUACCUGCUAUUUGCCCAGCUAGGAUUAACCGAAUUUUUAUACAAACCGGGAAUUCUCUUAAAUCUUGAAUGUUCUAAAUAUUUACUUUAAAAUGGAUAAACUUUCGACCCACUCUAAUUCCUCUGUCUGGGGAAAGGGUAUGUAAAUGCGCACCUGUAAAUGUAAUUUUUUAUUCACACAGAUUGAUGAGCAUAAUAUAAAUUAACUUUUUUUAUGUUAUUGCAUAUAUUUUGUAACAACUAUUUUAUAAAUUUCAUUGCGUCCUUAUAAGCUUGGUGAUUAAAACGCCUAAACUGAAACAAAAUGGCGUCCAAUUGUUCGAAAUGUAUUUAAGGUUUGUUUAUUCGCCGUGCCGCGUAACAAUGUGAUGUGUUUCAUGUUAUCCGUGUACCUUAAUUGUGCCUUUUCUCAUCAUAAUGCUUUUCUUUGAAUUGCUUUAAAUCCUAGAAUGUUCUCAUUUUUGUUAAAAAAAAACUUUAUGAACCCGGAUUUAAAAAUAUUUAAUUUACCUAAUUUUCUUAAUUUUGUACACUGUACAGAUAUCUUAGUGUUCAAGUAUUUAUGUACAAUAAAAUUGUGCUAUUU